AUGUCAGCACAUUAUGUGAAUGAAUGGUGCGCGGACCAUUGGAAAUUUUUCACUGUUCCAGACAAGCAAUGGCAUGUACUCAAAGUUUAUCGUAAAGUUAAUCGUAGCAAUUAUGUAAACUGUGCAACACACAAACAGAAAAGUGAUUUUCCCUUACAUAACCUGUCAUUGAUGAUUGAAUGCAAACCCGCAUUGACCUGUUACAUUCCAAUGAUGACAGCGGAUUUAGAAAUUUUGGGAUAUUUUAGUAUAAUCAAAUCAUCGCUUGGAUUGUUCGAUCCCACCGAGAGCUCCAUUCGUCUAGGGAAACUAACGUUUCGUGAAAAAACAAUAAGAACGCCCAACUGCAUUCUAUACACGAUAAAAGGUUCAGUGCCACAUCUGACCCCGGAUAACUUGCGUCUUUUACCGUUUGGUGCCGUUCAAGUGACUUUAGAGCAUUUUGUAGAUGUUCAACCACCACCCUCGACACAAUUUCCUGAUGGUAUACAUAAGUUCUUGAAUCUUGAAGAUUUUUUGGUGUUCUAUGAUAUUCGAGAUCCAGGCAAGAUACAGAUAUCAUCUUUCAAUACUGAACAUUAUGUAGCCGUGCGGACGCAUCAGGGAGUACGAAAGGUCACACCUAAGAAUUACAUCGACUAUACGAAUAUAUAUAAACCGGAUAUCGUGACAAGUAUGGCAGAUAUACUAUACUCUAAGAAGCCGGGUCAGAAUAGGGUAAGCAAAUCUGUAACUAGGACGUUGCAAUGGUUAGAUGAACUUUUGAAUAAUAAAAAGCUUACCGCAGAUCGUCGUAUCCAGGAAGGCAUUCACGUGUUUGGCGUGCUUGUAGGUGAUCAAUAUCAUGAGGAACGUAAGAGAUGCGCUAAGGAAACCGUAAAACGUGAUGUUUCGGGAUUCGUUCUGCAAGGUCUUGCUUUGGGGACAACUUUGGAAGAACGAAUUGAUCUUUUUAAAAUUUCUCUUGAUUGUUUACCUGAAGAUAAGCCUCGAUUUGCCUACGGAUUGGGAACUCCAGACGGGAUCUUUGCAGGAAUUGCAGCAGGCAUCGAUCUUUUUGACACCAGUUAUCCUACAAAAAUGGCCGAAAGUGGGCACGCGCUUACCUUCUCACUAAAAAUUUUCAAUAAUCAAAAUGGCAUAGAGGCUUCAAAAAGUUCUACCAUUUCCCAUUCAAUCAAUCUGUUUGAUUCACAAUUCAAAAAAGAUUUUCGUCCAUUUGUACCGACGUGUACAUGCAUCGCGUGUCUGAACCACUCCCGAGCAUACGUUCAUCACUUAGUUAAAGCUCGAGAAAUGCUUGGUUCUAUUCUGUUGAUAAGUCACAAUCUUUUACAGUAUGCACAAUUUUUUCAAGAUAUUCGUGAGUCCAUCAAGAAUGGAACUUUUGAAAAAGAUGUGAAGAGGUUCAAAGAUGUGUUUGGUGUUAUUGAGGAACUUGAUCCAGAUACCCUUGCAUCGUCGUCACCAUCAAAGGAAGAGAAUUCUCUUUGA